CUCUCCUCCUCCCCGUCCGCGUUGGCGUUGAGAGGGAGCGAGCGAGGCAGAGGCGGCUAGCAUCGCCGCUGUUCGCACCACAAGGCUCACCGCGUCCUCUCGGGCUGUCUUGUAUAGAGCGCCGUGUGUAUAUCCCUUGUGUUGCGCGUGUAUGUGUGCACAUACGUAUUCGUGCGAGACACAUACACCGGCGCAGGGCCCAUAGCAGGUACAUGCUCAGUGCUUCUAUCGUUUAGCAACCGACGACCACUCCCCAAGCUUGGUUCAACAUCGUCCGUAUUGUCUCGAAUAUCGUCAUCGUCGUUGUCGUAAUACUAGUCGUCGCUAUCGCUACAUUAUCACAAGCCUCGUUCUAAUUUAAAGACAGCGCGUGGUUGGCGUUUGUGUUUUUUUAGUUGGUUAUGCCAUUCGCCGGUAUUUAAAAAAAUAUAUCUGAGUCUUUACGUGACAUAUUUGAAAAUCCGCCGCUCGUGUAUAUUUACCAGCGCUAGCGUCGUCAAGCUCAGAAAUCCGACAGCCUUGGCUCUCCGAGACAGAGAGAGACCGCUCUCUCUCUCUCGCUUCGAGUGGUUGAGACUCGUGUAGGAGGGGAGAGACUCGUGUGUGUGUGUGUGUGACAGACAGACAGAAUCGACCAGUACCUGAGAGCGACUCCUCGCAUCGAAGCGAUAAUCGGCACUAAAGAGAGAUACGAAUUGGAGAGACGUCUAAGAUAAGAGCACGGGGAGACAUACACUUGGAGGAUAGAUUGCUACAGAGCAGAGACUCUCGGAGCAGACAGACGUAUUGCAGGAGCGAGAUCGACUCAUAUGAGAUCGGGUUUGUUUGCAGGGGCCUGGCUUUGGAGAGAGACUCGUGUAGGUGACCGAUAUAAACUCAUUACGGGAGGGAAUCUUGUGAGGAGAGAGAAUCAUAUGAGAUCCGCCGAGGAACGAUACUCGUGCAUUGGAGAGACGCAUACAGCAGAUGGUUGAAUAGAACAGAUACCCAAGGGCGUAGAGAUACGCGUUUGAGAGAGAGACUUUUCGGAGAGACUUGCAUAGGGAGGGAUACCUUCAUAGCCAAGACACUCAUCAUACAGGAGAGACACUAGCGUAUCGGAGAUAUAUCGAGAGAGAGAGAGAAGAGGGCGAUAGAGACACAGGCAGGAGAGAGUCGCGAUCGGGAGAGGUCAGGGAGAGCAUUCGUCCACCCCUCGGGAGCGUCAUCGUCUUCCCCUCGCGGGGAGCGGUCCAGCUCUGCGGGGACGCGACCUUCUGGGAUCUCCGGUGAGCUGGGUGCCGCCUGGCACUGCAAGACCGCGACCAUGUCUCAAGAGGCCGAAGAGGGACCCUCGUGGAAGAAGCAGACCCAGGACAUCAAGCAGAUAUUUGACUUCAAGGAGGUGCUGGGCACUGGCGCCUUCUCCGAGGUGGUGCUGGCAGAGGUCCGCUCGUCCGGGAGCCUCUUCGCUGUCAAGUGCAUCACCAAGCAGGCGCUGCGCGGACGCGAGAGCAGCAUCGAGAACGAGAUCGCCGUGCUGCGCAAGCUGAAGCAUGAGAACAUUGUGUCGCUGGAAGAUAUUUACGAGAGUCCAUCGCACCUCUAUCUCGUCAUGCAGCUGGUGUCUGGCGGGGAGCUCUUCGAUCGCAUCGUGGAGAAGGGCUUCUACACGGAGCGCGACGCCAGCCGCCUCAUCCGACAGAUCUUGGACGCCGUCGGCUACCUGCACCGCAUGGGCAUCGUCCAUCGCGACCUCAAGCCGGAGAACCUGCUGUACUACAGCCCGGACGAGGACUCCAAGAUCAUGAUCAGCGACUUCGGGCUCUCCAAGGUGCAGAUGACGGGGGACGUGAUGUCCACGGCGUGCGGCACCCCGGGCUACGUGGCCCCGGAGAUCCUGGCACAGCUUCCGUACGGCAAAGAAGUCGACUGCUGGUCCAUUGGUGUCAUCGCCUACGUGCUGCUGUGCGGGUACCCCCCCUUCUACGACGAGAACGACGCCAAGCUCUUCGAGCAGAUCCUGAAAGCCGAGUACGAGUUCGACUCCCCCUACUGGGACGACAUCUCCGAGUCCGCCAAGGACUUCAUCCACCACCUCAUGGAGAAGGAGCCGUCCAAGCGCUACACGUGCAAGCAGGCGCUGCAGCACCCGUGGAUCGCCGGGGACACCGCCCUCGACAAGAACAUCCACGAGUCGGUCAGCGAGCAGAUCCGAAAGAACUUCGCCAAGAGCAAGUGGAGACAAGCGUUCAACGCCACGGUGAUCGUGUGCCACAUGCGGAGGCUGCACAUCGGCUCCAACCACGACAGUGCGACGCAGCAGUCACACGCCAGCCCCAGCAAUGGCAAAUUUCUCACUCCGGCUGCCGUCAGCAAGGACUGCCCAAGCCCAUCUUCUUUGUCCGCAUCCGACGAAAUGAUCUCGGGGACUCCGUCACCCACCUCUCCGUCCCUCGUGCAGCUGCCCUCCGCCAUCGCGGUGCCCAGCGCCGCCACCGCCGCGGCCACGGCCACCGCCGGCCCCGAGUGAGGUCGGCGGUCAAGGGUCAAAGGGUCACCCACGUUGCACUGCGAUGACAUGAUCAGGGUCAAGGGUCACGAGAGCGCUGGAGAAGAAGCAUCCUUAGGGUUAAUCGUCGUCUAAAAAGCCAUGCCAUGUGAAAAUUAAACGGGUGAAACACAAAAAAAAACCCAAGAUAGCUGUAAGGAGUAGCACAAUUCCAGCCUGUUGUAGUUUUUUUUUUGCAAAGAGUGCGAGACGAUCAUUUUAUUUGACAGUGCAUGCAAGCUGACUGUAAGUGUUACUACGGGCAAUAAUCCCGUGCAAGUGUCCACUUAGGACAGGGCGUUCUCUCGCACAUGGGCAUCCCAUGGCCCUUGUGUCCGUUCCUCUCUUAAGUCGCCGUUGCGGUGCGGCACGGUGUAGCGCUUGUCCGAACAACGCAAGAACGAACCCCAGCGCUCACAGCCGCUAGCGCUGUGCGGCAGCAUCAAUGUUUACACCGAUCUCUAUCCGCCGGCAGGCUCGCAGUUUUGUCUUUUCAGCCGUUGAGCCAGACAGACACUUGUGUUUCAUAUCUUAUCAUCGCACACCCACCCCUCACCCCAGCUAACAGGUGCCAGACCCGAUUUACAUUGAAUCAUAAUCAGCAACAGCAGUCAUGAUCAAUUCACUGCUGGAUGAAGACCUCCCCAAUCCUUCACGAUCACCGCGACGUGGCGCGCGAGUCGAUUUAAUCGCUCCGUCCCCUCGGAGGUCCUCCUCUCAGUCACGUCCACAUUAAACAACGCAAAUUGUUUUUUUGUUUUACAUUGGGAGUGGCGCUUUGCUAUCACCGAUUUAUUCUACAAAUGAUUUUGAAGGUUCGUGACCCAGUCUUUUUGCUUGGCCUUAUGUAAGCAACGCAUGCAAGCAGCGCAGACGGGAGGUAGAGCUAUCAUCAUCAUCAUCAGCAGCAGUGGUCGCUGCUUGCGGGUCCCUCACCCAUCCGUGUUUCUCGUGAAAAGCUUUGCCUCGUUUUUUUUUCUCAAACUGGUUAAUGCGUCCGUCUUGAUAUUAAUGAUGAAGUAACGUGUAACUAGUGCUGAAAUAAGUAUUUCGAAUCGAUGGGUGAAAAUGAUAAAGUGCUGACUAUAUUUAUAUGCGUAUAUGGUAUACUGCGACAACCGAUUUUGUAAUGAUGCUGGUUGCUCACACUACGUUUGGGAUUUUUUUUUGUACACGGUACUCAGCUGUUUAAAAAAAACAUAAAAAGCUUACACUGUGUGAAUUUAUUGUGUGUUUAAGGCUGUACAUUUGCUGUGUGCAGACAAAGCGCAGCUACCUGGUGUAAAUGCAAGCACAUGCGAUGA